GAAAAAAAGAACAAUUCGAAUUUCUGGAAACCCUAAUCCCCAAAUUCCCUUCCUCUCCGACAGAAAUUCACGCGCCGGGAAACCUUGACCCCCGACGGAGCUCCAAUGUCAUCCCAACACCAACCGGAGAACGCGUCAACCGUCGACGAAGCUGCAGAGGAAGAAGAGAUCCAAAGGCUGGAAGAAGAAGUAGAGCAAAUGGCCCAGAAAAUACUCGAAUACCGAACCACUCUUCCAGAUCAACUUAGCUGCACACUCUCAUCUCUUCUCUCCUCUCAAAGACCCGUUUUGCCGACCCAUUUAGUCGACCCUGGGCCCGAACCGGAUACCAGAGCACCACCCGACCCGAACUCAGUAAUUGGCGCCACCCAAGGUCCAACGAGAGAGAACAUGGCAUUGUCGGUGACUGAUGAUCCGGAAGAAUCUGAGAAACUGCGAAUCUUGAAACAGAAGAUUUCAAGUAAUGCAUCUGCACUGCCUGUUGUUCUGAAUAGGAUGAAAGAAUAUAUGGCUAAGAUGGAUAAAUUAGAGUCGUCCAAUGGAAUCAUUCAUCCCGUCUUUAAAAUGAAACGGACUAUUUGAUUGAGUUGUUUUGUUUGAAUCUUUCGGUUUUCGGUCUUUAUUUUGAUGGAAUCUGUUUGUGUACAUGCUCGAUGUAUGGCGGAAUAUCCUUAUUUUGUAAUUAGCUAGAAACGUUGAUUUAAUGUUGUCCAACACAAGAGGUAAAUUGAUGAUUUUUAGGCUUAGUAGAUGGUAAUCUAGUGUAAAGAAGCGAUAUAUAACAACAUCCAAGUUUGUUUU